UUGCCUGUUUGCAGCAUGGCUUCUUCAGCUAAAAGGAGAGCAGUCGGUUUGGGUGAAAAUCCCGAGGAAAGCGAAAACAGCUCCGACGACAAUCCGGAGGAGGAUGAUGAUUCCGGGGAGGACGACAGCGAGGCGUCAGAGGAGGAGAUCAAUGAGGAAGUGGUGGUGGACUUCGAAGCCCACGCCAUAUCAGCCAGCGACUUCAAUGGCGUCAGGAAACUCUUACAACAGGUCUUCCUGAAGGCUCAUGUCAAUACAUCCGAGAUGACAGACAUCAUCAUUCAGCAGAAUCAUGUCGGAAGUGUCAUCAAGCAAGCCGAGGUGCCAGAAGACAGCGACGACGACGACCCAGAUGAGGUGUUCGGCUUCAUCACAAUGCUCAACCUUACAGAGAGAAAGGGCGUGCAGUGUGUGGAGGAGGUGAAGGAGCUGAUCGUGGAUCAGUGUGAGAAGAACUCUACCCACAGCGUGACGGAACAGCUAGAGCAGAUCCUCAGUGACACCAGCAAGCCAGUGGGGCUGCUGCUGAGUGAGCGCUUCAUCAACGUGCCUCCACAGAUCGCCCUGCCACUGCACAAACAGCUCCAGGAAGAAAUAGCUGAAGCUCAGAGGACGAACAAGCCCAGUGGGAGAUGUCACUAUUGUUUGAUGAUCAGCAAGACCUGCAAAGAGGCAAGCAAGAGUAUUCCAGCCAGAGGAGGAGCUCCCAAAGAAGAAUACAUGUUUGUCAAUGCAGAGGAGGAAUUCUUCUAUGAGCAAGCCGUCAUCAAGUUCCACUACUCGGUCCAGGAAGAGGCAGACUCCUGCUUGAGCGGCAGGUGGUCGUUCGACGACGUGCCCAUGAAGCCUUUCAGGACAGUGAUGCUGAUACCAGCGGACAGAAUGCCUGUCAUUAUGGACAAACUCAAAGAAUACCUAACUGUGUGAGCCUCAUAAUAAACUGAGACACCUGUGCACACACUGAAGAACUUCAGGCUCGUGGAGUGGUUCAGCAUACUGUUGCGACACUGAGAAAAUGUUUUGGUACCGUCAGCAGCUGUGGUGCCAGUAUUGUAAACCUGACAUUUAGUAAUUUUGUUUAAAGCAAUUUUAUUGAUGCAGUUUUUUAACCAACUCCUGCUUCCCUUACAUAUGCUGCAGCAAUAUACAGCCGUUUUAUCAUGUGAAUAUGAACAGAAAUACAGCACCAAGUCAUGUUUUUCCUAAAGAUUUUUAUUACAAGAUUAUGAACCGAGACAAUUGAAUAUAAGAAAUGUUUUGUGUUAAUAGCAACAGCUGAUAUGUGAGCUUGGAAUCCAGUCUGAGCAGAUGGAGGAGGGAGGGACGUGGCAGUAAGUCAAAUUACUGAUUGGUAAAACUGUCGUCUACUCCGUCCUCCAUGACAUAAGUUGGUAAAACGCCAGUUUUCACAAAUUUGGAUUGUUGAGACACACAGGAGAAGAAUCUUAAAUUUAAACUUAAUGUGUGCCCAGGAUUUUCCAUUAAUGCAUUUCUGUAGGUCUCUUGCCACUGAUUAAUAAUAAAUGCAUUAUAUACCCACAUGCCUUGAUAGACAUUUGCUCUGUUAAUCUGGCUGCAUGUAGAUUCAUACAUACUGUUGCGGUCUCAAAACCUCAUAUACCGCAUUAACCUGAAAGGUAUACCAGCACCUCUCAAAAGAACAGCUUUGCAUAAGAAAUAAAGGA